GAAAAACGUCCAGGAUAUUAGUAUUCGAUAUAAUGGUAAUCGAGCUUCCGUCAUUGAACCUUCUUAAUUAUAACUACUAAUUGGAAAUCAAAGAUCGCCAUCAUAUUGAAGGGUUAAACCCAAUGCACUGCCAAACAGAACUGGAAUGAUAUAAAGAAAAUAUAUUCAUAAGGAUUCAAUCAUGGUCGCUUCAACAAACUACGUUUUGUGUCUGUUUGGAAUGACAUGUGCAAUAUCAUCAGUAACAUCGACUCUAUAUAAGAAAAUACCCGGGUUUUCUUUACAUGGAUACACAAUAGACGUUAAAAACGUGAAAAGUUUAGGAAAGUGUGGUGAGAUAUGUACAGCAAAUUCUGCCUGUUUCUCGUUCAACUUUGAGCUAGGAUCACCAACAGGGAUGAUGUCACAAUGUGAGCUGAAGUACUGUUCCUUGGACGCCAACAACUCGGCAUUAGUACCCGACGCAACCAUGACUUAUUACGAACGGAUUUCUGGAGAACCUACAUCGCCAGCUAUUCCUCUGUGUAAUACCUGCGUCCAUGCUCCGUGUCAGAAUGGCGGUACGUGUACUGUCGCUGGGCCAUUUCCCUCUAACUUCACAUGUCAAUGCCUACAGAAUUUCUCUGGAACAGCAUGCGAGCUGCAGGAUGGAGACUGUGGUGGAACUCCUACAUACACUGGUGUUAGUACUAUCGCGACAUCAGAUGGGAGAAUCUUCGAGGCUUACUGCGACCAAGGAUGGACCUACGUAUUCAACAGGUUUGAUGGAAGUGAAAACUUCAACCGCAGCUGGGUUGAAUUUCAGCAAGGCUUCGGUGAUGUCAACCUCGAACACUUCAUUGGGCUUGAUAACCUCGCUAGCAUAUUGAAUCAAAGGAGUUAUAAAGCUAAAUUCGAUUUGGUAACAUGGCCAUCGAGCAAUCUUAAUCCAGCUACUGGUUUUGCUGAGUUUUCUUCGUUUACCAUGGCUAAUGCGAGUGAUAAAUACCGUAUUAAUAUCGGUGGAUAUUCAGGAACAGCAGGGGAUUCAAUGUCAUUUCAAAAUGGACAGCAAUUCACUACAUACGAUCAAGACAACGAUUCUCGAGAUAAUGAAAACUGCGCAGUGACUUUCAAAGGAGCGUGGUGGCAUGCGUCGUGUCAUUACUCAAGCUUAUUUGGGAUAUAUGAGCAAGAACCAACAUGUCGAGCGUUUGCUCUAUGUGUUUGCUGGGCAAAUUAUCCAGGCGGUAACCACCAUUACUCAUUCAAAGAGGCAGUAAUGAAGCUACACCGUGUUUAA